AUGCAAGAAGGAGUGCUGCUCCCUUUCCCUACAAACAUGUAUGCUGAUCCACAGUCUUUUGACCAAGUCAACAAUGAGGUGUUGGAUGAUUUAUUCAACCAUGCAGAGGUUACCACUACUCUAUAUAACUUAUAUAUGAGGAACCUCUACACUACCAUGCUUGCUGGAAGAGAUAUAGCACGGAAGAUUAUAUUUGUCAGGCCUCAAAUGGUCUUUCCUUAUGGCCAUGACAUAAUGAGUCCUAAGCAAGGAUUGGAAAUAUCUCAGAAGCUUUCAAAGUACUUCCAUCAACGUGGUACCGACAAGAACACAAUAUUUAUAGCACCUUAUUGUGAAGGGGGACACUGGAUGUUGCUUGUGAUCAAUCCAACUUUAGGGAGGGUGUGGUACCUUGACCCUAUUCGGAGUGGCCAUCCGUCUAACAGACCACAUAUUGUGGAAAUGAUUAAUCACAGUCGGUUUGAUACAGCAACAUCAUGGACAGUUGUCAAGUACCCAAAGCAAGCAAACAAAGUCAAGGAUUAUGGGUACACUGUCAUGAAAUUCAUGAAGGACAUAAUCCAACAUGCUCCAACCGGAAUUCUUCCGAAUGAUUACUACGAGGACACAUACUGUGACACGUAUACUCAUGCUCAAAUGGAAGAAGUCUUUGAAGAGUUAGCACACGGUAUUUUUAAAGCAUGGUUUACUUUCAACAGCCAGCAGCAGUGA